AUGAGUGUGUCUGUAGACAAAGCUUUAGAAAGGAUGCGUCCUUACCUGUGUGAUAAAAUCAUAGCUGAGAGACACUUUGAUUACCUACGUUCAAAGAAAAUACUCACUAGAGAGGACACAGAAGAAAUUUCUUCUCGAUCUUCCAGUAGGAAAAAAACUGGGAAGUUAUUGGACUACUUAGCAGAAAACCCAAAGGGACUAGAUGCUUUGAUUGAAUCUAUCAGACGAGAAAGAACACAAAACUUCCUGUUAGAAAAGAUAACUGACGUAGUGUUGAAAGUCAAAAAUGAAAAACUUGAAGCUCUCAAAGGUCUAAGCUGCAGCACCUGUAUGACCUCACUGUAUGGAGGAACGAAUAAUCUCUCUAGAUCAUAUUCUGAUGAAUCUAAUUUUUUUGAUAAAACAAAAGACAAAGAAUCUACCCAGAUACAUCAUCCAGAAGAAGAUUAUAGCACCGCCGCAUUUGUGUCUGCCGUCUCUCUUCAUUCAAUGAAUUUACCAAUUGCAGAGAUGGGAAAUGCAGAGAGUGCUGUUUUCUCAGCCACCCUUCCGGGGCCUGGAGACCCUGGUGCACCCCCUCUCCCCCCAGAGCUCCAGGCAGAGCAGCAAGAACCAUCUACUAGUUCAAGUGACAAUUGCUUUUUGCCUUUAAGAUCGCGUUCUCUUCAACCGCAGUCCAUGUAGUGACUUUUGUCUUUUCAUACAAAUGGUACUGAAACUCUGUAUGGUGUCUUAUAAAGGUUAAAAAAGUUUUCAAGCUGUUAACUAGCAGAAUCAGAGGAAACAAUCUGUGCUAUUUACUGUUUUUAAGGAGGUGGGGUUUUUUUUUUGUAAUUGGGUGACUUUGGAGCUGCUUGAUUUUAUGUUCUUUAGGGAGCUUUUUUCGAAAGA